ACGAAGAGUACAAACUCAAACCAAAGAAGAGAACUGCUAGAAUGAAAUUCGCAGUUGGACUGUUGGAAUGAUCGUGCGAAUUAUCACUUCGAACAAGACGGGCGCGAUCAUCAAAAUCAUCAAAUGGGAGAGGAUAAAAAGGAACUUGAGACCUUGAGAGCCAAGGGAUCAACUUUACACUACACAAUCCUUUGCAAAAACAAGAAGACAUAUUGUGUCCCCGAAGGAGAAACCCGCCGCACGCAUUGGCAGCACUGCGACUUCUUCUCCGCUCGCUGACAAGUGGGUGAUGGUCGCCUGACGUUUCACUUUCGUUGGGGAUUGCCGAGUCGACCUGCUUGCAUGCUGAUAUCGCCUCGACGUCGUAGCUACAACGGUGAUGAGCGCACGGGUGAUCUUCAAUUGAUCUAUUCGUUUCGAGCGACACGACGAACAACGGCAUUUAUGCCUGAGAGAGACGCGGCCAGCGACAUGAUUAAGACCGGGGAGGGCAACCUGAGGCACCUCCACUAUCAGCAGACAGUGGAAUUCAACGGCCACGAGGAUCAGUAUUCAGUAGAAUUAUGUAGCAAAAAUGUGACCAUUGUUCCCUCCCCUGGCGAUCAUGAUCACGGCAGUUCAAAGGUGAAACUAAAAAAUAUUGUUGACUUUACAUGGGAUCAUCAUCUUUAUACUGGUCAGCUGUUAGCUGUGCAUGUAUCCGGCAAAUAUUUAGCCUAUGGUAUUAAAGUUGGUACCGGUGGUGGAGUAGUUCGCGUCGUCUACAAAGAAUUGGAACACAGAGCACUCCUGCGAGGAAUGCGUGGUGCUAUUCAAGAUCUUGCGUUUGCCCAUGUUUCAAACGCAAUUCUCGCAUGUAUCGACUAUUCAGGAUCACUUUUUAUACACACGAUCGAGUCAACUCCGUCUGAAUUAUUGUGUAGCUUGGUACUGCAAGUAGAUGCCGAAGAUGCUUCUCCAACUAGUCACAGAGUAAUCUGGUGCCCUUACAUACCAGAGGAUGACUCUUCAGAUGGAGACGAAGUAUCAAAAUUAUUAGUUCUAACACGUGGUUCCAAGGUCGAAUUGUGGUCAGUUGCAACGGUUGCAUCGAGAUUUAGAUCAAUAGAGGCAAGAGAUCCGGCUGUUAAAGAAAGCGGAGGUAUGAUGGAAAUUGAUCAGCAUUCGGGAACGAUCAUCGAAGCGAUGCUCAGCCCAGAUGGUACGGCACUGGCAACAGCUAGUACAGAUGGGGAAGUAAAAUUCUUUCAGGUUUUCCUACACGGUAAUUCUCACAACGGACAACCGCAACCUCGUUGCUUACACCAGUGGAGGCCUCAUGGUGGUCGACCUAUCUCUUGUCUGUUUUUCUUGGAUGAUCAUAAAAACUACCAACCCGAUGUCCAGUUUUGGAGAUUCGCUGUGACCGGGUGUGACAAUAAUUCGGAAUUGAAGGUAUGGUCAUGUGAAUUAUGGACCUGUUUACAAACGAUCAAGUUUGCCCCGAAUCCUUCGACGGGCAAGAUGCCAGUGUUGAAAGCAGGCCUGGAUCUCAGUGCUGGGUAUCUCUUCCUAUCGGACAUAUACAACAAAAUUUUAUACAUACUGAGCCUGUCGAAAGACAAGGGCGAGGCAUUGGCAUGUGUAAGCACGGUGUCAGAAUUUCUUCUGCCAUAUCCAAUUUUGAGUUUCGGUAUCGUCGACGCUGAACAACGAAAGAUACGCUCGACCGGCGAAUCUCUGGAAGAUCUCUGCUCGUGCGAGGAGAUCGAGGAGAGCGACGAGGGUCUCGUCAUCUCCAUGUAUCUAGUCCAACCGAAGUCGUUGCAGGAAUGCCACAUUGCUUUCAAACCGGCAUUGCAAGCGGGUGAUAAUUGUCUCAUGGACACGCUUACUCACGAUUUGCUGGAUUAUUCGGAGGAUUUACCAGACCUGGGAAACGUCAAUCAUAACGGUAUUUCCAGUGAGAAUUGCGAAGAGGAACGUCUGUCUGCCACAAUCGAGUCGACCAUGAAUCACAAUACCAGCGGUUUAAACCUCAUGACUCCCGAUGCGUUUAGUUCUCCCGCGAAAAAGGAAAACAAUGAAUUGGAAUCUAAUCCCGGCAGUCCGGAAUUGGGUUCCAGAAACGUUUUGUCCAGCAGUCCCUCUCUCGCACAAGCGGUACAAGCUCUGAACGCGUCUGAUACGCCACUGGCAAAAGCCGAGCUGGAAGAGCAAGCUCCCGCCAGCUGUGGCAGCAGUCCGUCGAGAGAAGUGAGAGAAAUCAUGUCACUUAAGGCGGACGAGGAAGCUGAGAUUGACGACAAGCCGGAAGCGAAAGUGAACGCCAACGAGAACUGGUCGAAUAUUCCGAUGGUUUUGCUCAAAGAUGUCAGCGUGCACGCGAUGCAAGAGCCAAAGGAGUUUCCCGAUGACACCGAUAAUAACGUAUCGAGGCAGAAGACGAAGGACGAGCCGAAGACGACGUCCCUUCCGACCGACGAUACCGGCGCGUCAUGGCGCGUGAAUAAUGACGCCAAUUUCCUCGAAUUGAACGGCAAAUUGAAAUCUAUUUUAGAGGUAAUCCAAGAUCAGUGUCAAGAGCUAAAGGAAUUGCGCGCGGAGGUGGCUAGGUUGCAGCAAGAGUCACCGGCGUUUACGCGAGUAGAAUCCGCGUUGGCAAGAAUGUCGCAGCAGCAGAAUGCGACUCUGGAGCAAACCUUGUACGGGCAAAUGGCUCGCCAGCAUGAAUUCCUAAACACGUUCGAGACGACGGUAAAGGAGAAGAUCGAGAAUACCUUACCGCACGCAGUCGAGAAAACCAUAGAGCCUUUGAAGCGUCAGAUGAGAUUGGACGCAAAUCAAAUGGACGAACUCUUCCAAAAGAAUGUGACUGAACUGGUAAAUAGCGCGCGUGUAAAGGACGCCUUAGCCCUGGCAGCUGCGAACGCAGCUAAAUCAGCCCUGGAUGUUGCAUUCAGAGAUGCGUUUGCGACUUUCGUUUUACCUGGCAUGGAGAAGGUUUGUCAAGCCAUGUUUAGACAGAUCCAGGAGACUUUUAUUAAAGGUACUCGCGAAUAUCUGCAACACGUCGACGUUACCAUCGAUAAACAGUGUCAACGGCGUAAUGAGCAAUUAAGAGAGACGCUAUCAACGUUAGUACGCGAGGAAUUACAGACUGAAUUAAAUAGAAUUAUGACAACAAUUCAAGACGGCACCAUUCGAGCAGUUCGUGAUUCCGUACGGGAGAAUCUGAGUCAGCAGCUUACAGAGAUUUCUAGUGCGCGCUCAAGAGCAACAACACCCGCCAUACCGGUCACUGCGGUAGCCGAUGCUCAGGCACGUGUCAUGUCCCUCCUUCACAGAGGACAACUGAAUGCCGCUUUCCAACAAGCUCUGAGUGCAAGUGACUUGGGAUUGGUAGUAUUAGUGUGCGAGAAAACGGAGCCUUCGAGAGUAUUUUCGUGUUCAGGCGUGCAGGGCCAAGGUUCGAGAUCCAUAUUACAACAACCCGUGAUUCUCUCACUCGUGCAGCAGCUGUCCGCCGAUUUAGGACACCGUACGGAAUUGAAGCACAGGUGGUUGGAAGAAGCAAUAUUGAAUCUAGAUCCGAAUGAUCCUGUGACACGUGAACACAUGGGCACAGUGCUAAUGACUCUACAAACUCAAUUAGCUGCGUUCGUAGCGAGCAAUCCGGCGCAUCGGUCGACGCGCCGGAUGAAAAUGCUUGCCAUGGCUGCACGUGCAUUAUUAAACCAGCAUCCUUGACCGCCACGUUUAUGAGUUUACUCGGAUAUAUUGUAUAAGAUUUUAUACGUUCUGUUUAAAGACUACUUUUAUCUAAAAGCAAUAUUCGAAAGAGUCAUGUUUAAGGAACUCGCGUUAUAUAUAUAUAAAUAUAUAUAUAUAAUUCAUAUAAAAGGUAGAACAAAUGUGGAUUCAUUAGCAUUCACGCUACUUUACUUUAAACUCACAUUCAGAUUUGCUUUAAUUUUAUUUAUAAGAUAUAUAUGUUCGAUUAUGCGAUAGAUCAUUUGUUUUUAUGCCUUUAGAGACGUUCUAAUGCGAAUGUGUGUGACGGUUUUUACAUAAGCGGUCUAAGAUCACAAGCGAAAAUGGAGAAAGGACGAACUUCAAGUUUUCUUGAUUGAACGAUAGAUUAAUGCUAGAGAACAUUCAAUACUGACGAGCGAUAUUUUUCUGUUUUACAUUAAAUUUGGCUCAGUGUUAUGUUUAUAUUUUUGACGACAAUUAUAGAAGAUGAACUUUCACAGCGAGAUACGAUAUCCCGUCAAAUCUCAUAGAUCCCGUUGUUUGUCCGAGUACAGAUAAUACAUAAAUUUCAUGAUUUUUUAUAAUGAUUAUAAUUUCAUAAUAUUAUAUUUAACGACUCAUAUUUGCACAUGAGACUGUAGCUGUAAACACUUUUAAUUAAAACAAAACUUGAAAAAUUUUUUGUUUAAUAAUCUUUUAGAAACGAUUUUUUGACUGAAGAGACUAUAUUUUUGUGGAUAGUAAUUUCUGAACUAGGAAAAGUCUACAUUGCAAUAAAUAACGCCAUGAUAAUUAUAUUCAACUAAUUAAAAAAAUUAGACCCAUUUACUUGUAUAAUUGAGUUAACAUAUAUUUAUAAUAUAAAAAGAUACUAUGUAUUGUUUAUAAUUAUAGUGGCAGAUUUACUGCUGGAUAGAAACUCACGAGAUUUGAAUGUUGAAACCCUGACACGUGCCAAGACAUUUUGUAACAUUUUCAAUUCUCUCCGCAAUUUUAAAAUUUAUGUCAACUGUUUUAUUACAUUUGAUUUAUAUUUAUUUAAUUAAAGUUAACUGAUUUACAAUCUAUAUCUAAUCUUUUCAUGUACAUAUACAUGUAUAUAAAUAAUUGAAUUUAUAUAAGUAGCUUUUAUGUUAAUUUUCUUGAGAGGUUUUACAGGGUUAUUAGUUUCUGAAAAUGUAAUCUGCCACGAUAUUAUCUUACAUAAAUGCAAUGUGACAAUGUAGUAUUAAAUACUGUCUGAAAGUUCUUAAGCAAAGGCUGUAAAUAAUACGGUGCCACCUAUAUUAAAAAGAUUAUUUUGCAACA